AUGCAAAUCAUACUCAAAGAUUUGUCAAGCUCUCAAUCAACUCUUGAAGUUGAGCCAACACUUACAGUACAUGAUCUUAAACAAUUAGUUUCGGCCCAAAAAGGCCUUGAAGUUCAUCUUCUUAAGCUCCUGUUUAAAGGCAGAAUUCUUGAUGACUCCAAAAUUCUUGAAGAGUAUCAGAUAACAUCAGGCAGUGCAAUAGUCAUAGUAGCAUCAAAGCCAAAACCUAAAGAGCCUACUGUAGUUCAUCAAGAUCUUCCUCCAGUACAGCCUCAAAACAUCCCUGAGCUUCAAAAUCCUCAGCCUUCGGAAGAAAACAUAUCAAUUUUAGUAGGCAUGAAUUUUUCUCGUGAAGACUCUAUUAGAGCUUUAUCAGCAACUAACCAAGAUAUAAAUAGAGCGAUCGAUUUUUUGCUAUCAGGAGCUAUUCCAGAGCUUCAAGAUCCCCCCACUGCAGGAACUUUUGAUUUUUUAAUGCAAAGCCCAGAAUUUUUGAAUAUAGUUGAGAUAAUUCGGGCAAACCCGAGAGAACUUGAGCCUUUUUUAAAUCAGCUAGAAACGCAAAAUAACGAACUGUUCGAACUUAUUUCAAGGAACCAAAGGGAAUUUUUAGAAUUGAUUCGGGGAGCUGAAUCGGGAACUGAAAUUGAGCUGACAAAAGCUGAAGAAGACGAGAUCAGGGAACUUAUGGCACUAGGGUUUUCAGCUCAAGAUGCGAUAGAAGCAUAUCUCUCAUCUGGGAAGAAUAAAGAACUAGCUGCGAAUCUGCUGUUUCAAAAUCCCCGAUAA